UUUGUUUCUGUAAUCUCCUUCAAUUUUCUUCGUAUUCGAGUCCAAAAACCUAGGGUUUGUUUUGGAGUCCUCUGUUUGUUUUGCGAGAAAACGGAGGAAUGUUUUGAGGAGUUAGAUUUUGCCGCCUUGCGUGUUUCGUCUUGCGCGAGAUUGGAAGUUUUUUUUUAUGCGAAUUGAUGAAGGCGUGGGAAUAUGACCCAAUCCAACGGAGGGAUGUUGGACGAGAAGUCUAAAAUUUCAAUCUUCCAUGCUUUGUGUUCGCGAGAUUGAAAAUUUUUGUUUCACUGAUAGGGCGGCGUGAGAAUGCUGCUGGACCUUUGUUUGGGUUCGGAGAAAAGGGGGAAAGUUGAAAUUUUGCACUCACGUGUUUUUCUGUCUGUAACUUGAAAAAAUUAAUGGAAAAUGGAGAGGAAAAUUGACAUGGUUGGAAAUUUUUUUUUCGAUUUCACGUGUUUGCGAUAUUGAAAAUUUUUGUUUCAUACAUGAAUGGAGACUGGAGAGGAAAAUUGAAAUGGUUAGGAAAAAAAGAAAAAGAAAAAACCAAACAGAAACAAAACUUUUGGAUUUCGCGUGUUUGUGAUAUUGAAAAUUUUUGUUUCAUACAUGAGAAUAUUUUCUAAAGCUCUGUUGCAUGCUGGGAGGACUUAGGAGGAUAAGGAAAAAACAAAUAAACGAAAGUUAAAAUUUUCAACCUCAAGUGUUUUGUGCUUGCCAUAUGAUAGGAGAAAAGAGAAUAUGGCCUAAUUCUCCAUUUGGUUGCCCAGAAAAUGGCGGAAAUUUAGAAGAAAAACUAAAAUUUUAUUCUUGGGUGUUUUUAUUUGUGAUGUUGAAAGUUUUUGUUUCAUUGAAUUGACGGGAACAGGAGGAUAUUGCCUAAUCCCCUGUUUGGUUGCCUAGAAAAUGGAGGGAAGUUUGAACAAAAUAUAAAAUUUGCAAUCAUGCAUGUCUUGUGUUCGUGAGAUUGAUGGUUUUUGUUUCUUUGAAUUGAUGAAGACAAUUUGAGAAUUUGAACUUAACUUUUGAAAAAUUGAAGCAUCAUAAAGCGAAAGAUUCUAAUUUUAUUUAUGUUUAAAAAAUAAAAAAUUCUUACAAGAAAAUUUAGAAUUUUCAAUCACAUGUUUUAUGUUUGUGAGGCUGAAGAUUUUCAUUCCAAUGAACUGAUGGUAGACAAGAAAUGUGUAUUUGAUGUUUUAUUUUUGUGGGAAAGUUUUAUUAAACUGAUGGAGACAUGAAUGUAUUACCUAAUGCUCAGCUUGAUUUCCAAUAAAGAUGAAAGAAAAUAAAAGGGAUGUUAAAAUUUUUUGAUCUCACAUGUUUUGUGUUUGCGGAUUGCAACUUUUGUUUUGUGAAAUGGUGGCAACAAUGUUGCCUAAUCCUGUUUGGUUUCCAAGAAAAUCUAUGGAAAACAGGUGUAAACAAUACUUAGUAUUAUGCUUAUGUUAUUUUUAGUUUCCCAAAUUUGUCCUCUGAUGGCAUCAGAUGCUCCCUUGAAGUAAUGGAUUUCCCUGGAGCUGAAGCUGUGAUACUUGUGGUUCAGACAUAGCCAUAGGGCUGUAAACUGAUUAUAGUUGGCGUGUGGAGGGGAAGAGUUGAAGGACUCCAAAUUGAGCUGCUCCAAUCUGCUUCUGGUAGAAAGGAAGUAUUUUUUUUCAUGCUUGUUAGUAGUUAGAAUAUGAAGCGUAAGCGUGGGCACAAGAAAGGCAAGGCAAAAAGGCCUCCUGUGAUGGGUGCCAAUGACACAUUUCAAAAUGCUGUUAGUCUAAAUAUUGAAGAUAAUUCUGGUUUGGAUGAUUAUGAUAAUGCUGAGUUUGACUCUGGAAUGGAGGUUGAUACACCUUCCUCAACAGGGACAGAUCAGCCAGAUAAAGUUGCAUAUAUCAACCCCGGUGGAUUAAUUGAUAAGCCAGUGGAGAAAUCAGGUUAUGGGCGUGUUAAAGUAAAGCUUAAGACUUCAAAAAUGUUAGGAUCUCAACUUACUUCUUCAACACAAAGUGAUACUGAUAAGAGUAGCCAGCAAGUAGGUUCAGAGAAACAAGGAAUAGUUUCUGAGAAAAUGGAAGAUAGUGCAAAUUCAGUGCCUGGAGUGAAAAUAGCUGUUUCUGGGAAUCCAUCAAAGAAAGCUGGAAGCAUAAAGAUCAAGUCGUCAAGGGGCCUGGGUUCAAGUGUAAGUCAGAGUAGUAAUGCUGUGCCUAUGCAUGGUGAGAGGUCACACCAAAAAGAACCAAAACUACCUCAUCAGGGUCCUCGAUAUGAUAAGGAAGAAUUAAAAGCUGCACUAGUGGUGAUUAAAAAGGUUAUGAAAAUGGAAGCUGCUGAGCCCUUCAACGUUCCUGUAAAUCCUGUUGAAUUGGGAAUACCUGAUUAUUUCGAUGUCAUUGAUACACCAAUGGACUUUGGUACGAUAUGCGACAAUCUUGAAAAGGGUGUUAAGUACAUGAAUUCAGGGGAUGUGUUUAAGGAUGUGCAAUACAUUUGGGAAAACUGUCAUAAGUAUAACAAUAAGGGCGAUUAUAUUUUGGAGCUUAUGAAGAGGGUAAAAAAGAACUUCACAAAGUAUUGGACAUCAGCUGGGUUGUACAGUGAACAACCAAGGAGAAUGAACGAUGCUGCACCUGAGCAAGAUUCUGUUUUGGAAGGUUUGCCUCCGGAAGGUCCUUCUGUAAGGGAUAAAGCUAUUGUAGCAACUGGAAGAAAGACUGAUAUGCUUGCAUCAAAGGAGGAAAUUGUUGAAACUUCAAGCAUAAAUGGUUUUGGAAGCAUUCAAGCAGAGGAUUUUGUGCCUUCCAGUCAAGGAAAGAUACAUAUCAAAAGCAGUCAAUUGAAAAAUAAGAAACAGAAGCGGCAUGGAGUGAAGCGCCAUAAAAACGACUGUCUGUGUGCUAUAUGUAUUAUGAAGCGCCGGAAACGGGAGCGCUUGAAGAUGGCUCAAGUAAUCAGAACUAGUGAUGGUAAUCAGUCUCAAGAGUUCAAGCAAGAGGGAACCUUCCUCAUAGAAAGUCCAGGUGAUGAUGAUACAUCAUCAAAUAUGGAUAAUUCUCUAGAUCCAGAGGCAGAUGCAGACUUGAUAGAAAAAGGAGAAGAGGUGAAAUCUGAGGCAGCUGAACAACAAUAUAGCUCUCAACUUGAGAAUCAGGAGAAUGAGAGCGAGAAUGAGAUUCGAAAGAAUGGUGAGGGUGAAACUUCAGAACAGUCACAACUUGGUGAUAGAACUGGGGAGGACCCUAAUUCACAGACUCCGACACAAAUUGCGGAAAGUGGUGCAAUUCCAAAAAAGAAAGAGGAGAAAUCAGUGCAGAAUGAGGAAGAAGCUGCAGCUGCUGAGCAACAGAAGUGGAAGAUGGAUGAAAAAACUAAAAUGUACAAAGAAUUCCUCCAAGCCGAAAAUCCUAUGCUUCUGGAGUUAUGUGGAACCCUCUUUCCCAACAAUCGCAGCUCUGCCUGGAGCAGGCCUCAUUCACUGGUUCAACAUCCAGGUUCUGAACGCAGUAGCUCCGUUCAUUCUGCUAUUGCAACACUCAUGAUGAAGUAGGAUUCUCAGUCUGGAUCUUGGGUGAGCUCAUUCUGCCAUAGAAUAAUCGAGUUGCAGCUGAGCUAGUUGUCUUCAGGUCCCCGAGAGAAACCGAAUAAAGACACAGGUGCUGUGGAUUGGAGAAAAGCUAACAUGAACACCAAAUGAAUCCAUGGUUGUUUUAGUUCUUCAGAGUAAAAGAGUGUUUCUCACAGAGCAGACCUGGUGAGAUGAUUCAAAUUAUAGUUUGUUGCUAUUAUUUUCCAGGUGAGAUGAGAGGUUAGUGUCAUUAAUUUAAUUUUAAGUUCAUCUUUUUACUCUGGAAGAAUCAUAAUUUGUGAAUUUAUCAGUGUGAUGUACAAGUUGAGGAAGAAUUAGACUUAUAAUUUUACGGCUGGAUGAAGUCUGAACACAAUUGCAUUAUAUCCUUUAUUC